AUGUAUUUUAUCGUGUUGUUUAUUUCAUAUAUAUUGUGUGCGAGAAUAUAUUACCUAUAUUAUUUUUCACCGAGUUCAAAAGUCAUCUCAAAUUUUUAUCUAAAUGAAACCAUCCAAAAUCAAGAUUUCUGCGAAAAACAACCACCAUAUUUGACAAUUCUGGUAUUCAGCAUAGCAGAAUGUAUAGAUAAGAGGCAGGUUAUUCGAGAAACCUGGGGAAAUGUCAACCACUACCCGGAAAAAAUGAAACGGUUUAAAGUAUUGUUUCUUCUGUUUAAACGACCUUCUAUUAUUUUAAAUGAUAAGGUUAAAUCAGAGGGUGAAAUGUAUAAGGAUAUUCUCUUGUUUGAUUUUACCGAGUCAUAUUUUCAUUCAAUGUACAAAAUAAUGAGUGGCUACAUAUGGAUACAGGAACAUUGUCCAGGAACACAAUUUAUCGCCAAGGCAGACGACGACGUACUUUUAGACAUUGUCAUGUUAUUGAACAAAUUAUACCAAAACAUGGACAAAAAGGAUGAAGCAAUCUUUGGAUCUAGUGUGAAGUUUGGACACACCAAAAGAUUCGGAAAACACCCUGUCUCCUAUAAAGCAUAUCCCUUUAUUAUGUACCCUCGUUAUUGUAUUGGACCUUUGUAUGUUAUGUCGUCUGAAAUGGCCUUUCGGACUAUCCAUCCAUCUUCUCGGUUGACCUUUGUUUGGCCUGAGGAUGUGUUUCUGACAGGUAUUGUAAGAGAGGUGUUAAAGUUUAAUAUCAUUGAACUAAAAUUGGAAGAGAAUGUAAAUAGUAGUGAAUUCCCAUCCAAUGUAUCAGUAGCAUUUUAUGAACUGAAGCCAAGUGAAAUUCGAGACACGUGGACCAAACUACAAAAUAAAGAUGUAUAA